GAGCGGGCAACAUCGGCAUCUCUGAUGUAAUGACUUCGAUAAUGUUUCCAAGUGAAAUUUCCACACCUAAGACAGCCAAUCCAGAAAACAGUCGUAAACUAACACGACAUGUCCGCUUUGAACUUCCAUCUUCAUCUGUAAUCCAUAUGGUCCUGCCUGCUAUUACACCCUGGUGCAAGUGUAAGCUUACCAACUUCAUCAGCUGCUAAUCCGCGCCUAACAUUUCCUUCUGCUUUCUCUGUGUAGUAUAUGCUCUAUCCAAAAACCCAUUAAGAUCCCCUCGAAAUCUUCACUCGCAUGUUAAAUUUUCAAGAAUUUCUUCACUAUCAACUUCGGCAAUGCCUUCUGGUGUGAAAGAGGUGCUUCCACCUCCUCUUGAUUCUUCUUCAGAACCACCUGCCAUCUUUGAUGGUACUACCAAGUUGUACAUAUCUUACACAUGCCCUUAUGCGCAACGUGUAUGGAUUACAAGGAACUAUAAGGGAUUGCAAGAUAAGAUAAAACUGAUCCCUAUUGACCUGCAGAACAGGCCUGCCUGGUACAAGGAGAAAGUUUACCCACCCAACAAGGUGCCAUCUCUGGAACAUAAUAAUGAAGUUAAAGGAGAGUCUCUUGAUCUGAUAAAAUAUUUGGAGGGUAACUUUGAAGGUCCUUCACUUCUUCCUGACGAUCCAGCCAAGAGAGAGUUUGCAGAAGAGUUGCUGUCCUAUACCAACUCCUUCAAUCAAGCUGUGGUUUCUUCUUUCAAGGCAGAUUCAAUUAGUGAAGCUGGUGCUACCUUUGAUUACAUUGAGAAUGCCCUCGGCAAAUUUGGGGAUGGUCCCUUUUUCCUUGGAACUUUUAGUCUGGUAGAUAUAGCUUAUGCUCCGCUCAUUGAGAGGUAUCAACCCUUCUUGUUGGAUGCGAAGAAGUACAAUAUUACAGAGGGCAGGCCACAACUGGCAACAUGGAUUCAGGAGCUUAACAAGAUUGAGGCUUAUGAAGUGACAAAACGUGAUCAGGAGCUCGUAGAAGCCUUCAAAAGACGUUUCUAGGUAAAAUCUUCCGCCGCAUAUUAACUACUUUGUGAGGAAUCUGAGCUAAAGGGUGAAUUGCUUCCAACUUUUAUCCGAAGUCUCAGCUCUGAGCCCUCGCAAUCCCCAGAUAUUUCAUGGAAAUGGGGCAAGCAUGCUUGUCAUCUCCGAGGAAUUUUAUCACGCAAGAUUCUACCCCACCUAUAUCACCUAUAAUGAAGCCACUAGUUGAUCCGAGUAUUCGUUGUUAGACAUCUUCUGGUUGUGAGCAGCUGUUUGAAUAACUUCUGCGGACUUAAUAGUUUACUCUGUCUUAACUAAACUGGCGGAUGCUUGGUAUUCUCUGAAUAUAGGACCUGAACAUCUUUUAGUGUGUCCGGGCUUCCCAAAAUUGGUAGAUGACCCAGAAAACUUGGAUGAGGAUUUAAAGUUCGUCUUCCGAGUACUAGUUAAAUAAAAGCAUCUUUCUAUAUCAUAGUACUAAUCGAUUAUGGUUUCAGCAUUUCUAUCUACUUUAGAUUACUUCAAGGUCUGUGAAGUGCUUGGCCUUUUUAAGAGGUGGUAAUAGGGAGAAAUGAUGAAAACCCAAAUAGGGCUAAGAGACAAUUGGGAUGCUGCCUUUUUAUCUUCUUGUUGGAUGAUAAAUCUGAAAUUUUUAAUGAGUCGUUGGAGCUCU